AUGGGAGGCAACAUUUUGGACGAGAAAGCUGGCCGGUUGGCCGCCCUGUUGGGGCAAUUGGGUCUAGGAGGAGACAACACCAACUACACACUCGACGAAACAACCGUCCAACAUGCGGAAGUCUAUCAAGACUGUCUGUUCGGAAAAGCGUCCAAAAUUAUGACACUCCGAAAGAGCGCAUGUCUCCGCUCGAGGCCACAGACCGACAAAGAGAAAGAGGAUGUACAGAAAGAAAGAGAGAAAGUGAGAUGGGGCGCACCUGAUAUGGGCGAAAGAGAGAAUGGAGCUGUUUUGCCCGGAAGAAAAGGCGCCCAACAGCCUCGAUUGCUCGCCUGGUUGGUCGGUCGGAGGGCGCCGCUGAUUGGUGGAACGGACUGGCCUGACUCGUGGGAUGUCCCAGACGUCGAGUCGUCUCUGAUUGGUCGACAGAGUAGGCCGGUGUGUGACACCAACCCGAUGGGGCACCUUCGGGGCGACAGAUUUGACCAAAGAGAGUAG